CUAAAUCAUCAAAUGAAUACGGUUAUUAUCAAAUGUCAAAGACUUUUGUGUGUGUGUAUUGAAUCGGCGAACAACCUAUGGUUUGUUUUGUCUGCAUUUGACGUUUUUCGUUUUUCGUGUGUAAGAGUAUAUACUAGUACUAACUAUAUAUUGUGAAAACAAGUGAACACUGUUGACAAAGCCAAACAUAAUGUUUGAUAAUUAUUGAAAAUUGCGGUGUAAUAUUGCACUUCCCGAUUGGAAUGGUGGAAAUUUAGAGAGAAAUUUUCGUUUAGUUAGAAAAUGAACAUCACAAAAAUGACCAAAUCCAAUUCAACAGUUGACGAAAAGUGGAUACACAGCUUUGCUGUCACAGAUGUUUUUUUGCAUCCAAAGAAGUUUACCGUUUACAAAAUAACAUCAGUGGUUUUUCCGAUUGAGAUACCCGAAGCAUUGACAUGUCUUACAGUAUGGAAACGAUUUAAUGAUAUCAAAGCAUUGUUGAAAUUCGUAAAAAAACGUCAUAAAAUCGAACGCCUAAAUGGAAUGGUGCCAACUUUGGAUAAUCACACAUUUUUUAAACGUUUCGAGGCAGAUGUGAUAACAGAGCGGAAAUUGUUUAUAAUUCGACUACUAGAUUUUGUUGGACAACAUCCAGCGCUGUAUAAAUCGCAAGUGUUUCAAGAAUUUUUUGCUACCACUCAAACGAUGCCAAACGAUGAAAGUCUUCAAUUCGAAGCCGAUGAUAUUCCAGUGAGUAAAGACACAGUGGAUUGUGCCGCUGUUAAAGUCAUAAAUUCAAUGGUGGAUCCGGAUGAAACUCCAAUUGCAUCAACUUCUUCAUCCAUGGAUGAAUCGUUCGAAUCGAGUUCAGUGUCAACGCCUAUCAUUGAUUCUCCAGCUGAUGGGAAUUCGGAUGAUGGUUACAAGGCAUCGUCGGAAAAUGAUAUCAUUAUUAGUGAUUCAAUUAAAAUUAAAUCAAAUUCAACAGAACAAACAGCUGCCAUUUUGACGCGGCAAUAUUCAAGACAAUAUUCAAGCAGUGAAUAUGUAUUCAGAGAUCCAAUUGAGACUCCAUGUCAUCCUAACGAGAGAAAGGAGUUAUCAAAAUUCAAAGUACUGAAAGUGGUGGAUAGAGCGAUGCAAGUUCAAGACUUAACCACAAAGCACAUUUAUAUUAUGAAGUCGAUUGAUAAAGUAUUCAACGAACCCGAAGAGUUCUACUUACCAACGAAUUUUCCGUUCAUGGUCUCAUUAGUAGCGUACUACGUGUCUGAGUCCAGUGUUUAUUUGCUGUUGGAGCAAGCAACAGGUGGCCAGUUGUAUGAUUACAUUUACAAUUACAAUCGUCAUUCGUUGUCUACAAAAACAACCCUGAACAAAUCCGUACCGAUCAAAUUCAAGGCUGUAAAAAGCAUUUUAAAGAGCAAUCCAAUCGAAAUACCAGAUACGCUAGUCUCUCACCUGAAAACAUCGGAUGCCAAAUCUAGUGAAGAUGAAGAAAAUUUCAGCUUCUACGAUUUACUUCAAUCUUAUUAUGAUGAUGUCCCGCUGAGUAAUUCAGUUAAACCCAUUCCAUUAGAAUGUGAAGAAAGUUUUGACGAAGCUCCUCACUUCAAUUUGAUAGCAAAUGACUUGGACGUGAAUAACAUAUUGAAUUGCUCGCAAAAACUUCUGAAAUCCGUAUCCACUACGCUGAAGCGAGUGCAAACCACUACGGAAUCAAAUUUAUUGUGCAAUGAUAUUAUCACCAAAACUAGUGAUUCGGUUGAAAGUCUGGAUCAAAGCAACGAGGACAAGGAUGAUAUUUAUUUGAAUAUAAUAUCUCCGAGCCCAAGUGAACCAUUUAAUGCCAAAGAAUCAAUUAUAAACCACAAUUAUUACGAAAGUUUCAAACUGUUUGACGUUAGCCAGCUACCGAGAGCGAUAAUUAAACGAUGGUUUCGGGAAAUAAUCUUUGCUGUGAAACAUUUACAUGCGAACGAUAUCGCCUGCUACGAUUUACAACCGCACAAUCUUCUGUUGGGAAAAAAUGGGGAGAUUUUGCUAUCGUAUUUUUAUCGACGAGAAUUCACACCGUAUAUUUUCGGUGAUGAAAUGCAUCAAACAUGCUAUCCGAUUGUUUACAUUGCGCCCGAACGACCGUUGACACUGCAAUCAGAUGUUUGGAGCAUGGGAGUAAUCUUUUACGAACUUCUCACUGGAUUUUCAUUUCAAUCGUGCCACCCCGAUGGAAUUUUAUCAUAUUUUGAUAUUCAGUAUCCAGAAAAUUUCGAACUAGAUUCGACCAGUAAAGAUCUUAUCGAAGGGAUGCUGCAAAUUGACCCGGUGCAACGAACUAAAUUAGACGAAAUCGAAGAGAAUCCGUUCUUUAUAAGCAUUUGGUUUAAUGAAUUAUCUCAAUCAAGCUAACUAGUUAUAGUGAAAACCUCGGCAUCUUUCAAUUGCAAAACAUUUUCCUUAUUGAAAAUUCUAUAUCAGAUAUUAAUCAUGAAAUGAUUGGACGACAUUUAACAAUUCGAUUUGUAUGUAUUUUUUUAUUGAUUGACAUAACGCAAUUAUUUGUAUCAGUGAACACAUUACAUUCCCAAUUCCUAACCGACUGACGAAAUUCAAAAUUUAGCUAUAGUUUGGCAUAUAUUUAAAUCGAUCAGAUUAUGUCGAUCGUUCUACGUAUACAAGAAAAAAAAAUAUAUCAAUACAUGAAAUAAAGAGAGAAAAAAACAACAACAAAAAAA